AUGUCGGCCUCUUCGCGCCACCAUCGCGCCGCCGAGGCGCACCGCUUCGACAGCAUCGAGCCCGAGGCCUUCCCCUCGAUGGCAUCCACCAGCCUCGAACAUCCUCGCCGCCACCAGCCCGUAGCGUCCACCUCGUCCGUCACCCUCGACGACCACGAUGGCUCUCCAAAGCCACGACCACGGAAACCCGUCACCCGCUCAAAGAAGGCCAUCGCCGCGGUAACGGGCGCCGUCACCACCUCGCUCCUCAUGACCCCCUUUGACGUCAUCAAGACCCGCCUCCAGACACAGUCGGCCCCCGAGCCUCUCUUCGUACCCUCGAGCCACCUGCCCACGACUGCAUUCAGCGCACCCCAUCCCACUCCCGCCGCAUCAGCGUCCGCUUCAGCCUCGACGGCGGCAUUAUCGCCCUCUUCGGCAGCCGCUCGUGCAGCCACCGCAUCGAGGUACGCCGGCAUCGGGUCCAUGGGGGCGCAUCCCGCCACCUGCUGCCAGCAGACCUUCUUCACCGCCAACAGCCAGGAGCAGUCCUUGACAUGUCGGUACGAUCCGAGGCAGCCCUCCUCGUCGUCCUCGACCGCACACAAGCAGUCCCGCUCGCUCCGUGCGGCGACGAGAUCCUCGCUCUCACACUCUGCCAACCACACCUCCUCGUUUUCGGCCUCAGCCACGCCACGCUCCUCGGUCCGCAUCCUCCCCUCGCCUCCGCCGGCACCCAACGCCUACACCCAUCCGAGCCCAUCGGCGACCAUCGCCAACGGCGCAUCGUCCUGCGCAUGCGCGUUCCCGGACCGCAGCGUGGCGGCCAAAGAGCUCGAGGCCGCCGCCGCGCAGCAGGGGCGCCUGACGGGGCUGUGGGACGGCGUCAUCAAAGUGGGCCGCACCGAGGGCAUCCGCGGGCUCUGGCGAGGGCUGGUGCCGACGGUGGCCAUGACGAUCCCGUCGCAGGUGACCUACAUGACGUGCUACGACUACUUCCGGUCGAUCCUGCUGGCCAACGAGGACAUUGCCGAGGUGCAGGCGCACUUCGAGGAGCGCUCCCAGUCGCAGUCGAGCGACGGCACCGUCAAGCGGACACCGUCGCUAUCGGCCAUUACGCCGCACUCGCUCAUAGCCUCGCUCGUGGCGGGAGCUACGGCGCGCGGCAUCUCGGCCACGCUCGUCACGCCCCUCGAGCUGAUCCGGACGCGGCAGCAGUCGGCGCCGCGGUCGAGUUCGUCGCUCACCUCGAUCCUCGGCACGCUGGUGCACGAGAUGCGCACCUCGCGCGAGGGACCGUUGAUCCUGUGGCGCGGCCUGUCGCCGACGCUGUGGAGGGACGUCCCCUUUUCCGCCAUCUACUUUGCCGGCUACGAGUCGUGCAAGCGCAUCCUCACCGGCGGCGGGUUGGGAGAGGGCAAUGCGCAGGGGAGCGGCGAAGAGUUUGGAAUCGCCUUCUUCAGCGGCGCACUGAGCGGUAGCGUCGCUGCCGUCGUGACGCAUCCUUUCGACCUGGUCAAGACGCGUCUGCAGGCCGACCACGUCGUCGUCCCUGGCGGUCGAGGGGGCGAGGACAAGAGGCUCUCUGCCACGCUGCGCGCACGCGGUGGGGGCGGUGCCAAGCACGUCGGCGUGUUCGGGACCAUGAAGCAGAUCCUGCACAAGGAAGGUCUACCGGGCCUCUUCCGUGGUCUCAGCCCUCGCACCGCCAAAGUCGCCCCGGCUUGCGGCGUCAUGAUUGCCAGCUUUGAGGUCGUUGGCCGCUUGCUCAGCGAUAUCGACUAG